UGCGGAAUAUCGUCGCGUAGUAUUAUGGCUUGGGAGUAAUCUCGUACAGUCAGGUAGACAGGCCCUUGAUCAGGGAACUCAACGCUUUUGGUGUGAGCUGUCAAGUAUAAAGAGGCCAUCAUCCUCCCUCUUGGACUCAAAAUCCUCAUCAACACUCAUCAGCAUCUCCAACAGCAUCCUCAACACCUUCAAACACUUCACUCACUCCCAAAACCAACUCUUUCAACUCAACUCCAUUCAAAAUGCAGUUCACCAAGAUCGCCUCUGUCCUCGCCAUGGCCGCCGCUGCCAUCGCUGCUCCCGCUCCCGGCAACUACGAGGUCGAGCCUCGCACUGGCGGUGGCAACAACCAGCCCGCCUGCUCUGCUCAGAGCCAGCAGGUUUGCUGCACCGGUCUCAGCUGUGUCGUCCAGGUUCUCGGCGGUUGCUCGACCAGCUCUUUCUGCUGCAAGACUGAUGCCCCUGAUGGCGCUCUCGUCAACGUCGCUCUCCUCAACUGUGUCAACCUUCUCUAAGUGACACGCCUCGGCGACUUGACUUAUUCCAUGGAGUAAGCAGUUGGAUAUUGGGGCACACAUGGUAUGAAGGAUCUGACGGAGAAAGCCUAUGCCAGCUACUCCGUAUGUCAAUAGGCAGUGUUGAUGUUUGUAUUUACUUCGAUGACCUUAAUUCUGAGGUUGAAUAUACAUACAGGGGUUAUAUACUUGACUUGACUUGA